AUGUCUUACGAAGACAGUUUGGAAGUUCGCCAAAAUAACGAAUUCGAAGCUUUACAGGCAAUUUACGGCGACGAUCUAAAAGAUUUGCGCAAAAAGGCCGCAUGGAACAAAUGGACCCCGUUGGAUUUGUCUAUUACAUUGACGCCGCAGAGAGGCAGCUCUGGAAAUCGAGAGGUCUAUGUUAAAGUGAAUCUGCAUAUAAUUUGUUCAGAGACCUACCCUAAUAAAGUACCAAGUAUUUUACUAGAAAAUGGCAAAGGCAUUUCCCAAACCUUCCUACUCCAGCUUAAAGAUGAACUGGAAGAAAAGGCUCAAGAUUACAAAGGCGAAGAAAUGAUUUUUCAGUUGUGCCAACAUGUAGAGGAGUUUCUGCACAGGCACAAUAAACCGGCCAUGAAAAGUUUUUAUCACGAAAUGCUGCAACAACAACAAGAAAAAAAGAAGGAGGAAGAAAUGCAGAAGCAACUUGAAGUGGAUAGAAAAAGAGAAAACAUGAUGAAAGAAGUACAAAAACGACAAGAAAUGCUCAAAGCAGAAGUUCGUUUACAACGAGAAAGGCAAAGAAGUAUAACCGAGAUUGAAUGCGAGGAAGAAACUCAUCGGAAAUCAUCUUUAUCAAACAGAAGGAACAAUAAUAGCUCAACAACGGAAACUAGCGAAGAAUCAAGUUGCGAUCACAAGGGCACAGUUAUGCUGGAAUUCAAUGGGAGAAAUGUACAAAGAGGAAAAUGUCUCAGUCAUAAUGAUCCAUACAAUGUAACCUUCACAGGAAUAGAUACUGAAACUGGAGAACUAGUGGAAAUAUCUCAAUGGAAUUUACCUGUGAAAAGUCAUGAAUCGAGCCAAAUUUUGAAAAAUGUGGCCAGUAUUGAACAAGAAUUGAAUUAUUUGCUUAAAUUUUGCCAUAUCAAUUUGGUGCAUUAUUUAGGAUUCAAAUAUGACUUUGUUGGUGAUAGGGUGGUAGUUUAUGUCCUGAAAGAAUUUGUUUCUGGCACAACAUGUAACUCACUGUUCUCAAUACAAAAUCUUAAAGUCGACAUAGAUUACUUGAAGCAUCUCGCCAAAGGCACAUUGACGGCCAUAGACUACAUUCAUCGCAACAAGGCCGUACAUAAGGAUCUCAGCGAUAAAUGCGUUAGUGUGAAUGAAAAAGGCAUCAUUAAAGUGUCUGAUUACAGUAUUCCAAGGAGACUGUUAGAUUUAGUAACUCACUCGACUCAUACUCAUUGUAAUUACUCUAAGAUGACUGAUAUUUUUGAUUUUGGGAAGUUGAUAUUGUGCUUAUUAGGGUAUGAGGAUAAUAUUGAAGUACCUACUAACAUACAAAGCGAUUUGUAUGAUUUGUUAUUAAAAUGCCUAUGUGAAAAUGAAGAGCAACGUUUAACGGCUAAUCAACUCCUCAACCAUUCCUUCUUCCAUAAACCCAUUGUUCAUUUCUCUCCUCAACAAAUUCGACCAGAUAUUCCAAUAGAACGAAACAUUUCACCAGAAAUCACACAUCCGUCCUUUCUAUCUACCUCAAUUGGCAUUGGCCAAGCAGCACGCAUUGAAAACGAAUUUGAAAUAUUGGAUAAUUUGGGUAAAGGAGCUUUUGGUGACGUUUUAAAGGUAAAAAAUAAACUAGACGGAGGGUAUUAUGCCAUCAAACGUAUCAAAUUGAAUCCCAAAAAUAAAGCGUUGAACAAAAAAAUUGUCAGGGAAGUUACCUUGCUGUCCAGAUUGAAUCAUGAAAAUGUGGUUCGAUAUUAUAAUUCUUGGAUAGAACCGGCAACGGUUGAAGGCAACGUUGAUGCAGAUUCCAGUGGGGCCACAACCACAACUCCCACAUCUGAACAUCCUAGAAAACCAAUGGAAGUUGUGAGGAAAGAUGAGCUUUCAUUUGAUGAUGAUAUUGAAGCAAUGGCCCCUCCAAUGAAAAAAGUUGAAAUUUCCAUAGCUUAUGACAAUGCAUCUUCAGAUGAUGAUGAUGAUGAUGAUUCCAGUGACGGAGACGAUUCUUUCAAAGUUCCUAAUCGAUUCAAUCAAGAUUCAGAUUCGGAUUCAGAUGGAAUAGAAUUUGCAAGAGGCUCAGAUGACGAUGACGAAGAAUCUUCAUCAUCAAAAAACUGUACUUUGUCAACAGACAACCAAUGUAAUGAAUUGAAAUCAGAAAGUCCUCAGAAUAUACCAAAGCAAAAAGAAUUUUUGUAUAUUCAAAUGGAAUUUUGCGAGAAAAGCACCCUAAGGACUGCUAUUGAUGAAAACCUAUAUUUGGACGAAGAUCGAGUUUGGAGAUUAUUUAGAGAGAUUGUUGAAGGUCUGACUCAUAUUCAUCAACAAGGCAUGAUCCAUAGAGAUUUGAAACCGGUCAAUAUUUUCUUAGACUCAUUCGAUCAUGUGAAAAUAGGAGAUUUUGGCCUGGCGACUACAAUAGCCAUUAGAUCAAAACAAGGCGACGUUUUUGGUGUUUCCAAAAGCCAAGCGGAAAGUUUACGCGAAGACUUGGGGGAUGAAAGUAAAACCGGACAAGUUGGCACCGCUCUCUAUGUGGCACCUGAAAUCAAUUCCGCUGCAAAAGGUUUUUACAAUCAAAAAGUCGAUAUUUAUAGUUUGGGGAUUAUUUUGUUUGAAAUGUGUUACAAACCGCUUGAAACUGGUAUGGAACGGAUAAAAAUUUUGACCAAACUUAGAAUGAAAGAUAUAACGUUUCCUGAGGAGUUUUGUCAGAAAAACGAAAGAGCUCAGUUUUUAAUCAGGUGGUUGUUGAAUCAUGACAUUUCGAAACGUCCAACUUCGCAGGAACUGUUGCAAUCUGAACAUUUGCCGCCGCCAGUCUUGGAAGAAAGGGAAUUGCAGGAGUUGGUUCGGCAUACUCUGAGUAAUCCUCAAUUAAAAGGCUAUAGAUAUCUGAUAUCGUCCUGCUUCAAGCAAAAAAUCACUCCAGCCCAAGACAUAACCUACGACAGAGACCCCAUAGUUCCUAUAAGCUCAAAACCGUUGAAUGUUUUGGAGUUUGUAAGAGAAGCCUGUGUAAAGAUAUUCAAGCAACAUGGUGCACAAAACUUAGCUACCCCCUUAUUAAUGCCAAAAAGUAAAUACUAUGAGGAUGCAGAAUCUUGUGUGAAGCUGAUGACACAUUUUGGUAAUAUUGUGUCAUUGCCUCACGAUCUCAGGGUUUCAUUUGCUAGAUAUGUAGCUUGGAAUAACAUUAGUUCUUUCAGAAGAUACUCUGUUGAAAGAGUUUAUAAAGAAAAAAAAGUUUUCGGGUUUAUGCCAAGAGAAUUUUACGAAUGUGCUUUUGAUAUUGUCACUCCAAAUCAAGGGAGUUUGAUGGCCGAUGCUGAAACCCUCUAUUUGGUUUACGAAAUAAUUAAAGAGUUACCAGGAGUGAAAAACAAACAUUUUUUAAUAAGGCUGAACCAUACUGCACUCUUUAGAGCCAUUUUGUUGCACUGCGGAUUGAAAGAUAAGCAUGAAGAAUUAUUACAUUUAUUACAAGAUAUAAAGGAUGGAAAAGUCCCUAAAUCCCAGCUCCAAAACUUCCUAAUACACAAAGGACUUUCAGAUAACAUGAUCAACUUACUAAUAAACUUUAUCAAUUCCGAAAUUGAAAUCAGCAAAGCUACCAAUCAGUUUCAAACUGUCACGAAAAAAAAAUCUGGUGAAGCCAGUGCCUUAGCUAAGCUAGCUCUGCAAGAAUUGAAAACUAUAGUACAAAAUGCCGAAAUAUACGGAGUGACUUUUGAUUUUGUCAUCGCCCCAGGGCUCGUUUACAAUAUCCAACAAUUUUCGGGAAUGAUUUGCCAGGUUGCUUGCGAACUGAAAAAGAAACGUAAACAUGACAAUAAAGAGGUUGUAGCCUUUGGCGGACGAUACGAUACCAUGAUUUCGUAUUACAGAAACAUUAUGGAACAAACUAGUAUGUUGCCUAAAGGUAUACAACAAUCUGCAGUGGGUAUAUCGAUUUCAUUGGACAAAUUAGUACAAGCAGUUCAAAAAGAAGAAAGCGAAGAUAUGCCUAGAUUGGAUGCGUUAGAUGCUAUUGUUUGUUCUGUGGGAUCAAAGCAACUUAUUAAAGAGAAAACUAAGAUUUUAAGAAGUUUAUGGGCGGCUGGAGUUAGAUGCUCCCUUAUAGAAGCGUCAAAUACUGUUGAAGUUCAAGAGCAGUUGAUGGAAUUGGGAGUUUCUUAUGCGAUCAUUUUGAAAGAUAACGAUCAAGGGUUGGUUAGAAUAAGAAGUUGGGACAAAGAUUCCAGAGAAAGUUUUGAUAGGUUUCAAGAAAAACUUUACACCACCUCGGAACUAGUGGAAAACAUGCAGAAAAUAUUGAAAAAUCGUAGCGACAGUAUUGGAGAAAAUACUCAAAGUUCCAGUUUACUCACAAGAUCUGAAAGUAAAACGAGUUAUAGUGAAAGGAACGAAUCGGAGGCUGUUGUUGAUAUAUUGUUGGUAACUACUGAAAAAUUGUCGUCCAAUUCUAGACGAAGAUGCGAAAACCAAGUCAGGUCCCAACUGGAUGGAUUAUUCAAAAAACUCUCUGGCCCAACAACCGUAAUCGCGGUAAAUAUUGAAUCGAGUGUAAUCAGAACGCUAACGUCAUUUUUGGAAUUUGAAAACGAAGCUGUGUUUUGGAAAUCUGUAAAUAAUUGCACGGGGAAACACCAGAAGCACAAGCAAUAUUUGAAUGAGAUAUGUGAAGAAAUUAUGGAAGUCCGAAUGAAGAAAACUAAUCCUACAGUUAUCCUUUACAGUUUGACUGAUAAUUUUUAUAAGGUUUUUAUUUAA